AUGACCUCAGGAUCAUCCCAGAGGGCAAAAUUGUCAUGUGAGUUCACAGAGACUUUUCUUUCAGUUCAACCAGAACCCAACAGCACAGUUUUACCAUCCACACCUCGUCCACCACCUAAGAACUUCACCACCGGUCAAGUGGAAACUACAAAAACAACUGCAGGCAACAGCACAGCAGUUGAGGGGCAGGUCCAUCUGGCCAAUGGAGGAAACAGCUCCUGUUCUGGCAGAGUAGAGAUCUUCCUACGUGGACAGUGGGGGACGGUUUGUGACGAUUCCUGGGACCUGGUUGAUGCUCAGGUGGUGUGUAGACAGCUGGGCUGUGGCAGGGCCAUGUCAGCACCACAAAGUGCACGCUUUGGACAGGGCAGCGGGCCCAUCUGGUUGGAUGAUGUCACAUGCACAGGCAGCGAAUCAAAGCUCAGCGAGUGCAGACACAGGGGGGUUGGAUCCCACAACUGUAAUCACAAUGAGGAUGCUGGUGUGGUCUGCGAAGCUGGUUCACCAGUGAGGCUGGUCAACUCUGACAACCGGUGCUCUGGCAGAGUGGAAGUCUACCAUGAUGGACAGAAUCUUCGUACAUCUUUUUCUUCAGUUCACCCACUACAGCCUUCUCAGUUUAUUUGUGACCGAGAUAAACUCCAAGUGGGCCUUGAUUUGGCUCGCCUUACAUCCUCUGGUUUGAACCCAUUCUCUGGCAAUCUGGCAUCCUACAACUGCUCCUGGGUCAGAGUGCAUGAUGGUGUAGUGUGGUAUGAAGUGGAAGCAACAGCAGGUGCCUGUGGAAACACAUUGAGGACCAACAGCACACAUGCCAUCUACUCCAAUAUUUUAUUCAUCUACCCAAUGAACAACACGUCCUUCAUCAGUCCUGUGAGUCUUCCCUUCUCCUGUUUGUACCCGCUGGACACAGACACCAGCCUCAAUGUGGCUAUCGGACCAUUUCUGGCGCUGACACGUGGCAUUUCAGGCUUAGGUACCAAAGCCAGAGCCUCCAUGUCUCUUUUCCGCACCUCACACUACACCGAGACUUAUCCAGCAGGCCGGGUCACCCUGCCAGUGGGCUCGCCAUUGUAUGUGGGCGUCUCUGUGGAGGAGAGAGAUUCAAGCUUUGCAGUUGUUCUGGAGGACUGCUACGCCACUCAAUCAUCAAACCCUGACGAUUCCAUCCAACACCCUCUCAUCCAGAACAAAUGUCCCACUGAACGCCAACAGGUGUCAGUGAUUGAGAGCGGCUCAUCCCUCCGGGCUCGUUUCUCUGCCCUGCUCCACAAUGAUUACAGGGACGUUUACCUUCACUGCAGCCUCAGCCUGUGCGAACGGACGAGCUUCUCUUGUGUUCCUCCUUGCACAAGUAGGACCUAUCGCUCUGUUUCCAACUCUGAUCGUCUGAGUACCCUCAGCAUUGGACCAAUCACGUGGGACAAAUCACCUGAGUGAGCUGGUAACAGUAAUAAUACAAACACAUUUCAUAUUGUGAUAUUAUUUUGUUUUUAAGAUAUGUUUUGUUCAUAAGACAUACAAUUAUAAAAACUGGUGUUUUCAAUUCUAAAAACUUUAAGGUUGGGUUAUUGAAAAAGGUUAUAAUGAAAGUGAAAGUACCAAUACUUUUCUUCUUCUCUGUGUGAAUUACCACUACAGCCCUGAUGUAACUGUAUUUCAUGUAAAUGACUAAGUCUAUUUUUAAAUGCAUUGAUUAUUGUUCAGAUCCAAUGACAAAUUGUUCAAAUUGUGGUAUAAACUGUGUAACUGAUAUGUGUGUAUGUGG